GCAGCCACCAACAGGACGGGAUUAAAAAUAAAUAAAAAUACCUUCAGCGACCAACAUUACCUGCGGAGAGUAGCACCGCUGCUUACACUGGAUGUCCCCGGUGGCUUUGGAAAAGACGCACACUGUCCACGAUCCUGUGAUUUAAGAGAAGUGGAAGGAAAUCCUGGAGUGUCUCUCUCUCUCUCUUUACUGGUAUAUUGUCACAGGAGAAGGGGGGGCCCCCAAAAUCUGUCCCUCUGCUGAGGACGGGACCUUUGAGGCUGGAAGCAACAACAAUGGACUGCGCUACCACUGGGAGCUCACACUUGGAGCCUCGCCGUACACACUCAGGGGAUUUUAGCGCUUCUAACCCAGCAGACAUCUGUGCGUGUGUGGUUGUUGAAUAGUGUUUACCGUGUCGGGGUGUUUGCUGGGAGCCCGCGAUGCCCGCUAGGAACAGGUACAACCUGGUGGAUGAUGUGGGGGACUCGAGGGUGCCGCUCCACAAUGAGGAGGCUUACCAGCACGGGAUUUCUUUCCAAGCCAAGUAUGUUGGAUGUCUGGACGUGCCCAGGCCCAACAGCCGGAUGGAAAUCGUGGCAGCCAUGAGGAGGAUCAGGUAUGAAUUCAAGGCCAAGAACAUCAAGAAAAAGAAGGUCAGCAUUGUUGUGUCUGUGGAUGGCGUCAAGGUGAUUCUGAGGAAGAAACAGAAGAGAAAAGAAUGGACGUGGGAUGAGAGCAAGCUGCUGGUCAUGCAUGAUCCCAUUUACAGGAUUUUCUACGUGUCUCAUGACUCCCAGGACUUAAAGAUCUUCAGCUACAUCGCAAGAGAUGGGAGCAACAAUUCCUUCAGGUGUAAUGUCUUCAAAUCCAAGAAGAAGACGCAGGCCAUGCGUAUAGUGCGGACAAUAGGUCAGGCCUUUGAGGUGUGUCAUAAGCUCAGCCUGCAGCAUGCAGAGCAGGAUGCAGACGGACAGGCUGAUGGAGAGAGUGACAAUUCCACAGAGGAGCCCAGCAGUAAUGCUCGUAAACUGACAGGAGCAGAGCGAGAGGAGGAGGAAGGCAAACAAGAAGGAAGACAUGGAGGAGAAGAGCCGUCAGCCGGAGGCACCUCACUGUGUGAAAAGGCAGUCAGUGAAAUUCUCCAGAGUCUGGCUGAACUGAACGUGGUUAAACCUGGACAGACCAUCAUAGACUUUGAUCGAAGGUCCCUCUUCACUGUGAUAUCCCAAGGCAUUACUCCCAGCAGCCCUUGCUCUCCGUCUGUUACUCCGCUGGCAUCGCAGCACUACCUGCAGCUUCUUCAGCAGCAACUGCAGCAGCAACAGCAGCACACGCAGGUGGCCGUCGCACAGGUGCAGCUGCUGAAAGAUCAGAUGGCAGCAGAGUCGGCUGCUCGUAUGGAGGCUCAGGCCCGUGUCCAUCAGCUGCUGCUGCAGAACAGGGACUUACUGCAGCACCUGGCCCUACUCGUGCAGCAGCUGAAAGAGCUGGAGGACCGAUGCCCAAAAUCAUUACAACCAGGGCAGCCACAACCGGAGCCUCAAGCUAAUGGACACAACGGCCAACAGUCUCCUUGCAGUUCAGUUUCUACAUCAGUGAAGGCUCUGUCUCUGAAUCUGAAGAGUCACUACAGCCAGAACCCAGACCAGCUCAUCACCUCCACGCCUGCAUGGCCGCUCCAAACUUCACCCCUCUCCCCCAGCCAGGUGGACUGUGCUGAGUCCUACCUGAACCUGCUCAACCUGGAAAACAGCACCAAACCGGCUGCCUCGGUCAACGGAGACCUGGACCCCUUCAUCACGGCCAACGGGGUAGCUGAUAACAAGGAGAGCUCCUGCAAUGAGGUUGUCCCGUUCACGUCGAGAAACUCCGCCAGCCUGGAUGAAAAGUGUAAUCAGACAAUUCCCAAACUCGACCCUCCUCCACCCUCCAUGAACCGCAAGCGGGCCAGCAGGACCUUGUCUCCAGGGUCAGACUUCACAUCAGUGCCCAUGCCUGGAGAGGUCAUCACUAAUGAUGGGGCCCCCAGCCGCAGCAGCAGCCUCUCGUUCCCAGAUAUCACCCCCAGCUCGCUGUCGUCCAGUGAUUUCCACUCCCUCAGCAACGGCGAGAGCAGCUCCUGUUCGGCCAGCGAGGACUCGGGCGUCCGCUCCGAGACCAAGUCCCUGCUGUCGCCCUUGCGUGAUGACGAUGACCUGUUCGGGGACCGCGGGACAUUUCUAACAGCUUCCAGUGGCUGUGACAGUCCCCUGGAGGAGACAACCGAAGCGGUUCUCUCUCCCACUGAGUCAUAUCCCACCGAGCCCCAAAUCCUCUCCUCACAUUCAGACACGAAUGAGCACCAACUGCCCUUCUCAUCUCCUUUGAAUGAUACCUGCCUUCACAUCAGCUUUUCUGAGGAAGAGCUGCUGGAGAACAGCCAGGAAGACCCUAAUGUCCCACAGCGAAGUUAGGAGGAUGAGCUGAUGGUCCUUUUGAGACCUCUCACUAUGUUUUUCAAUCAGCUUUUAAUGCAAUACUUACUGUCAGAUGCUCCUUCGUUUGCACUGGGCUCCAUUUCAGGACCUUCAUUUAUUCUGUCCACUCGUGACACAGUACAGACAUAGCAUAUACCAGUUACUGAAAAAUGAUCUAUUGUGUAAAUUAUUAGCCAAUGGACAGAUUUAGUAUUUUUGUAAUGAAAAUAAUGAUCUAAUUUACUUUUUAGUGGCUAGAAUGUUAAGCAGAAUACAUGUAGCAUUUCUUGCACUGUUAAGAGUCACGUAAUUUACUGUAGAAUUCAAAGCCAAUGAGGGAACACGUUUUAUUUUUGCUAGUAGUCAACAUUAAAACAUCUUUUUGUAUGACGCUUUGCGGUUGUUGCAAACUGUUGUGGAAAUACUGCAGAUUUCACUGAGUGAUACGCGACUAUCAUGCUUCCACAUAACGCUGAGUGAUGUUGGGAAGAGCCUCGCCUUCUGUAGCACCUGAUGGGACGAUGGUUGGAAAGAAAGGAAAAAGAAAGUCUGAUAAAGGAAAAAGGGGCAGGAUAGAAGUGAGCAGAUUUUAGUUAUUUGUUGGUUUAUACACGUCCAUGCUUGGCUGUGUAUGUAUUUGUAUUAUCAGAGUUAAGUGGGCUUUAGAAUGUUUUAUGCAACUUGUUUUUUGGGUUUUUCAGACAGGUAGGCCUCAAAGCAGCACUGGAAAAGUCUGUGUAAUAGCCAAAGGGAUUUAGCACUCUGUAUUACAUUGAUUCUGUAUGUAGCACAGUGGUAUCUUCCAGAAAAAAAGGGAUUACAUUAAAAUUAUAUUAGUUUUGACAAACAGCACAGGCUGACAGCAAACCCUUAAAAUCGACACAAUGUAGGGUUCAUUAUUUUAAUAACUGAUUCAUCUGUUGAUUAUUUUCUCAAUUCAUCUAUUAGUUUGGUAUAUAAAAUGCUAUAAAAUACUGAAAAAUGUUUAUCACUAUUUCCUGAAGCACAAGAACACAUCCUCAAAUGUCUUCUUUUGUCCCGUUCACCAUUCAAAGAUACUCAGCGCACUAUCAUAGAAAUCUGAACAUAUUUUAAAACAUUUUAGCAGCUAACAUUUUUCUCUUAAUGAAUGACACAAAAUGAUCAAUUGAUUAUCAAAAUAGUUGGCCAUUGAUUUAAAAGUUGGAAACUAAUCAAUGAAUGCAGGUCUAACACAGUGGGCUAAUGACCAUGAUUGCUUUGGAUUGCACCUGUCUGAAAUGAGCCCUCACACUCAAUAGGAAGAUAAUUGGAGAAUCAGAAGUUGACUGAUUGAUUUUUUUCUUUUCUGCUUCUCUCUGUGUGAAAUUAGGAGUGACCAUCAAAUAAUUCACAGUUCACAGGAUAAUUUAGGCUGACAUUGUUGCAUGCAUCACAUGCAGUAUGUAGUGUUUUUGUAUGUGUAGCUUAAUCUAAACAUGGGUAACACUGUUUAAAAUUACUUGAUGUUCAGUAUAUCAAUAUAAUAUAUUGCUAACACAACAUAUCAUUAACCAACAACUGCCACUAUAGUUAAAUGUAGAAAAUAGAGAUUUUUCUAUUAUAUUAUUGACUAAUUGUUAAUUGAAUUUUGAUAAAUCGAUAAAUAGUCAUUUUUUAGGCAAAAAAUGUGAUAGUUGCUAGUUUUCAGAGAUUCUUGGUUAGACAAUAUAAGCAAUUUGGAAAUUUCUAACUUUUUUAUAUCAAGUGAUUGAUUGAUUGAUUGAGAAAAUAAUCUGCAGAUGGAGCGAUGAUGAAAAUAAUCAUUAGUAAUCAUGUAGCUGUUCAAAUUUGCAUAAUUUAUUUAGUCUUUUACAGGCAUGUAGCAAGAUUAUACUGGGUUGUAAAUUUGUCUGUAUUCAAUGAAGUGCUCUGGUGUAACCUAUGACAGGUAGAAGUGACAAUAAAUGGAUGCGAGAAGAAAAGCA